AUGCCUGCUGAACGUCGAACCUUUACUUCGACCAGACCGGUCAAGACCGAGCGCACUCAUGAAGAGAACCAGGAGCGUGCUUACAUUGCUGCCUCGCGCCGCAGCGACCGUAGUCUAGAGGCUCGCAUUGAGUCGGCACGCAGGGCUUCUGAGAUUCACAAGAAGCGUACUGGCCGUGCUUUGCGUGUGACUGAACAGGAUGUCAUCAAUGAAGAGAUGUACGAAGAGGAGGACGAUGAUCUGCCCACCCAGUACCAGCGCUUGAAUGCGCAUCUGCACACUACCUCUGUCAUGUUUAACAAGAAGCUCCAUGAUUACAUUGCGACACAGCACGGUGUCCGAAACAUGUUCAUGUCGCAGUACCAAAAUCAAGGCCCGGCGUUCCCACAGUUUGGUCAGCAGUAUCCAGCCAAUGGUGCUUCACUUCCACAGGCAAACAACUGGCUUAACCCUUCCAUGCUACCACCACAACAAUUCACACCGGCUUCUCCUCAGAGUUUCCAGCAAGCGCAGCCGUUCAGCCCGACUUCUACUCAACCACAACAGGGCUACCGUCAGUCACCGUACCACAUUCCUCAGCGGACCCAGUCUCACCAGCGCGCUCUUUCGAUUCAACUGCCUCACGGCGCAUCGCACUUUGAUCCAUCAGCUCAGCCGGCAAGUGCAGGUACCACGCCACAGACCGAGCUCAACCGAAGACUGUCUCUACCACCGCAAGCUUUCCAGCAAUCAAACCAAACAGUAGAGCGACCAACGCGCCCUUCGCUAUCGCGUUCGCCUACUGCGCAUUCGCUUCAACAUCGCCAGUCAUCUUCACCACAGACUGCUUCGCCAAAUGCGGCUUCAGUCCAUGACGCUGCAACUGCUCAAAGCGACCCUAACACGCCUACUUCCUAUUCUUACAGCCCAACGAACUACCCAUACAGUUCGCAAGCACUUAACUCAAACCCUUUGACCUUGUCCAUGCCACCUGAGUCACAGCAGUUCUUGGGUUCCGUCCUCGAUCAGAACGAUCCUCGCACUGCUAUCUUCAUGGCUGGUAGCGACAAUCUUCCUCAGCCAUUUGCUCCAACCUACACCUACAACCCCAACAAGGUUACACGGACACCGAGCAGCGCAAGCAUGUCAGAGAACGCUACUGGUUCCGCUCAGACUCUAUCCUCAGGUCUUAAUCUGAAGACUGAGCCCGUCUCUGAUACCACAUCAUUAUCAAUGCCGAGCGCUAUAUCCGAUGGUUUUUACUCCAACGAUUCGUUCUUGACACCUGGCAAUGGUGACUACAGUGCCUUCUUCGACUUCCAAGGCGGUGAUUUUACACAGUCCUUCGAUGACCAGUCCGCGAACGACCAAGACAACGGCAAUAGCCUUGUCAACUGGGACUAG